AUGCCCCCUCACAACAAUACAGCCGUGAAUAUGAUGGGAGCUGAGAAUGGAAGGAGAUUGAUGUCCUGUAUGGAUGAGUUAAAAACACCACUCAUCGAGAUCAAGAAUGCUUUAAUGAGGGAUAAUGCCUUUCCCAUUUGUAGUAAUGAUUGUGAAAACUGUCUGAUUAACCCGCAACAGCGUAGGACGUUGAAGUCUGUCAUACAACAAUUAAUGGACCAAGGGAUCUUGGUAGUAGACUGCCCAUCCACAAAAGAAGAUGUGUCUACCCUCGAGAUACCAUACGACGAAGUCCCUCCUCUACAAAUUCCAUAUAACUUCUCUCAGUUAACUCUGUCAACAAAUCAUGUUACUCUGAUCAUGAUAACGGUUCCCACACCAUUCCCAAGUGGAAGGAUAUUUGCACCGACACUCACUCCAAUUGGAACUAUCAAUCCUUCAAGUUCAGAUAAAGGCAAACAAAUUGAUGGCGUUAAUCAAAGACAAGACCCUGUACCUUCCAAUGAAGUAGACGAGUUCUUACGCAUUAUUAAGAAGAGCGAUUAUCGAGUAGUUGAUCAGCUUAACCAGACACCCUUGAAGAUCUCAAUGUUGUCUUUAUUAAUGUACUCGGAGGCCCAUAGGGAUGCUUUGGUAAAAUUUCUGAGGACAUCGUACGUACCGCAAGAGAUCUCUGUUUGUCAGUUUGAAGGGGUAGUUAACAAUAUCGCUACUAGCUUAAGCUUGGGUUUCAGUGAUGAAGAGCUUCUCGCCGAGGGGAGGAAUCAUAACAAGUCUCUCCAUAUUUCUAUUAAGUGUGUGGACACAGUCCUAUCAAGAGUUUUGGUAGACAUUGGGUCUUCCCUCAAUGUGAUGCCUAAGAGCUCAUUUGAUAAACUAACCGUUGAAGGACUCGUAAUGAAGUCGAGUGAGCUUAUAGUAAGAGAAUUUGACGGGACUAGAAGGACUGUAAUCGGUGAGGUGAAUUUGCCUAUGAAGAUUGGUCCCCAUACUUUCCUUAUCACUUUCUUCGUAAUGGACAUCUAUCCAGCCUACAAUUGUCUACUUGGGAGGCCUUGGAUCUAUUCAGCUGGUGCAAUCACUUCAAUGCUCCACCAAAAAUUGAAAUUCUUAGCUGAUGAUAAACUAGUUGUUGUCGAGGGUGAGGAGGACAUUGUGGUAAGUCACCUCGCGUCUUUUCGAUACGUUGAAGGAGAAGGGGAGAUGAGGGAAGUCCCAUUCCAAUCUUUUGAAGUUAUCAAUGUUGAAAUGGUUUGCCCAGCAAAGGAUGAAUCAAAAGAUGCCGAAUAUCCAAUGGCAUCUCUUAAGGAUGCCCUAGCCAUCAUAAAGGAUGGACACCCCCAAGGAUGGGGAAGAUUGCUUGAACUUCCUGCCAAUAAGGACCGUACCGGUUUAGGAUACAACUCCCAUAAUCUGAAGAAGCCUGUGCCGAUAGCUACAUGGGGAUCAGUGCUCCCGUUAUCCGAAAACUUCUCGAGCGUCGGUUACCUUGAUGACAACCGUAUCUAUGUUGUGGAAGAAGAAGGUGCUGGGUUGAUCUUCACAAAGACUGAUGGAAAGGGUGUCACCAAAUGGACCGAAAUUGAAAUACCUAAAGUGACCUUGAUUGAAAUGCAAUUCCCAAUGUUGUUUUCCUUCCUUUUUAUCAAAAGAACAUGUGUCAAGCCCAAGGCAUGA